CGGUAUUAAACCGCACUGCCUAGAGUUUGGACCCUUUCAGCUCCCUCUAUGAAAUCUAAGGUCAUUGCGCUGGGGAAGAGAGACCACCGCGUUCUGUUUCGAACGCAGAAAGAGAUGUUCCCUUCGUCAUCGGCAUCUUCUUCACUCUUUUGAUUUUUAUUAUUAUCGUAUCUCUGGAGGACAAUUGAGGCGAGGCGCGUCCUUUGUUAAUUCAGAGAGGAAGAAGCAAACGGCCUUUCUCUCUUGCUCUCUUCUGGAAAGGGUGAAACGCAUGCAUUUCUCACGAUCGUUCAUUGAUUUCAAUCUUGUGUUUCUCUGUGAACCCCGUUUUUUGGCUGGGAUUAGUUCGUUCUUUCGCAAUUGUCUCGCUCGUUCGUUGAUAUAAUAAUCAAUUGACACCCCGAGCAUGAAGCUCGGGACUGUGUCCUUUCUCGCGGCAGUGAUUGCUAUCCUUUCAAUCGGUGUUGGGGUUGAGGCGGCGGCCGACGAUAAGCCGAGUGGUUUGAACCCGAUUAGCUACCCCCUAGGUGGGAAUGUGAAUGCGGGGAGCCCGGUGACGAUAACAUGGCAGCCAAGUACCCCGGGAACCGUCACAAUACACGCAUUGAAGGGUCCUCCGGAUAAUCUGAAUGAUCUUGGUCCUAUCGUGGCCAGGGUUGACAAUUCGGGAUCAUUUGUUUGGAAUGUCCCAAAGACCUUUGAAGAUUCGGCAACGAUGGGUGCCGGUAACAAGUAUGGACUCAAGAUCGUAGACGAUGCCACUGGAAAAUUUGAGUACAGUCCACCGUUUGACAUGACUGUUCCUGGAUCGACGUUUGGCAGUGCGGCAGCAGGUACUCAGACGAGUGCUGAAAUUCCUACUACCACUGCUCCUAAGAAAGCUGCGUCUACAGGCGCUCUAACAUCUGCUGCUGCAACGGCGGGAGCCACCGCUCCUGCCUCUAUCUCAUCAUCUGCCACAAAGGAAACGCCUAAAGUUGAGUCUAUCCCCACCGAGACAGCCGAACCAACAGAAUCCCCCUCCGUGGGCGGAAUCCUAAGCGGUGGUGGCGGCGGCGGCAGUUUCAACCUCGGAAAGAUUCCCGACCUCGGCCUAAUAUUUGCUGCAUCCGGUGCUGGUGUCGCAGGACUUAUAAUAAUAAUAGUGAUAGCUGUUGUCUGGGCGAGGAUCCACAGUGACAAGAAGAAAGCGGGAUAUUACAACCCGAAGUCCUUUCGAGACAGGCGUUCACACCUUGAGGCUGAAACCCCGAUCACAAGAGCUUACCACAGGCGUCUGUCCUCAACCUCAUCCUUCGGGGAUGGUGCUCGACCUUCGGAAGUAUUCUCGAUGGAUAACCGCUCACCAUCGCCCCCACCGCCAAUGCCCACCGCUCCACCGCGGCUUCGGGAUCCCCCACCACGACUUGGCCCACCAUUGGUCCCUCCCGGACCAUCCCCACCGCCAGGGCCACAGACUGCACAAAUUCCUCUCUCACCACCGCCACCAAUAUCCUCCCUACCAACCGCACUCAUGGCGCCCCAAAACCCAUCAUUCUCUGCCGACUUCCCGUUCCCAAGUCAGCCAGAUGCACCUUACGCUCCGCGAGUGUAUACACCUGUGAGAGCAAACUUCGAAACCCAUCCCUUAUAG